AAAAACAAGCGCGCGAUAUACGCAAUGCACUUCCGCCAUGUUCCUCUGAAAACGAGGCUGCACAUGAUUCGAAGAGAGACGGGAGCAACUGUGGCGUUUGUAAAAGCUUCAGGUUCUUCACCAAAACCAAGAACUAUAUUAAGGAACUUGAAACCACUUUGGAGAACCGUCUAAAGAUGAGAAAUGACAGAAUGCCGUGCACCCUGAAGCCGGUUAGAAAAGAAGAAUACCUGCAGUUUUAUUGCAUUGAUACCAGUUACACCUCGGCCGCAGGAAUAAACCCAAAUAAUGACCCGAGAGUGUUCUACCUCAGCCAGGAGUGUGGGACGGAUAUCACCAUGAACGAAGUUGUGGAAAAUACCAACAAUGCUCAUUUCCCACCAUCCACCUCCUCUGAUUUAAUGGACUUUGAAAGGUAUAUGCAAUACUACCAGCAGACUAUGGACACUCUGGUGGAGAAUAGGGUUAUAUCCCAAGAGGAUGUCUCCCACCAUGUUGUCUCCAAAGCUGUUUCCGACGUGUGGCAAGACCUUUUGCAAGAGGGCAAGGUAGAACUGUACCUGAAGGGCUGUCAGCAAGCUCGGAUGGCUGCCCGCACCCUGGUCUGCUUGGAGAAUAUGGGCUUUGCCGAAACUUCUGUUCCGUACAUCGGUGCUGAUAGUGAAGAAGCCACUAGCUCAAUCUUGUCAUCUACUCCCUUGGAGUUACUUUUUGAGGACGCUCUGGAUAUCGCUUCCGGGAUUCUAGACCAAAGCAAUGCUCAAGAUGUAGCCACCCCCAGUUCUCCGUGGGAGUGGCAGCAAGCAGACCGUCUUCUUUACAGUCGCGUCAUUGAUUUUCUCAAGACCUGCCUUUGUUCUUACUCACAGGAGGAGACAAAACUGCAGUGCACCUACCUGCCUACCCCUGCGAUCCUCUACUACCAGAAUGCAGAGCAGCCGUACAUCAACAUGGCGCCCCCCAACUACUCCCAAGAUGCAUCACUGCAGUACAACAGCACGCCCGCCCCUAUGAUGGUUUACUCCCAGGGCGCCCUAUUGCCAUACGCCUGCACAAACCCCCCUGAGUAUAACCGUCUGCAAAACGGGGCGCAGUUCUGCGACGGCGACGAGGUGCGGCUCAUCUGCACAGAAACGCUCGACGAUGACUUGUAACGGUUUGGCGUUUGUUUUGCCUUAAGUUGCUACAAUUCCCUGUUUUUUGUUUUGCAGGGCAAACUAUUCAAUAAUAAUGUUUUAAAAUCGAAUAUAUAUCUUUUAUUCUAUUGGUACACAGCUCAGUUGUGUUGGGAGCUGUAUCUUUUUGGGGCCACUAGGUGUGCCGUUUCAUUGCUGCCUAUGCUGAAUGUACAUUCAUGGAUUAUUUGGGUAAAACUGUUCUGUUAUUGCCAUUGUUAUUGGUCCAUGGGAGAAAAAGGGAAAGCAGGAGUUAACAAAAGACCCCAUUCUUCUGUAUGACGACUACACCCCUUUGUGUAAGCGCAAACCUACAAUUGUUAAAUUCUUCUGCUCAAUAGGGAAUAAUGUUCCAAAUUAAAUCCUGUCUCUAUAGUAAAUCCAGUACUUACUGUACAGAUACAAGAUGUCAGACUCAGGGGUUACACAUUCACCAUUAAACUGAAAUAUUGUAACACGCUGGCAUCUGAUGGCAGUUCAUAAACUUUCGUUUGGAUUCAUGACAAAGUACAAAUAAUGUCUCACAUGUAAAGGGUUAAACUUGAAAAAAAAUAAAGAG